UUUCCACCGUCACUGGGUCCCCUUCCCUGCCCAGCCCUCCCUCUAUUUAAGCCCCGGCUCUUCCGUGGGCUGCACUUACUUCAGCCAAUGCCGGACUCAGUGGGACAGGCAGGGGACAGGCAGCAUGGCACCCGGAGAGAAGGAAAGCGAGGAGAGGCUGGCCAAGAGGGCCCUGCGCAAGGUGCGCACGGCCACCCUGGUCAUCAACCUGGCCCGCGGCUGGCAGCAGUGGGCCACUGAGAACAGCACCAGGCAGGCCAAGGAGCCCGCCGGCUGGGUGCCAGGAGGGACCCAGGACACCGCUCCCAUUCCCAAGCCAGCCGUGAACCCCACUGCCUUCCAGGAAGCUCAGAGCACCGCCAAGUCCCAGUCCCCACAGCCAGGGGGCGAUGAGAAUGGAUGCGGCCCGGAGGAAGCCACUGAAGCGUCGCGCAUCAGGAGGAAGGAGGUGAGCAAGAGCGUCGUGAGCAAGGCCUACGAGAGAGGGGCCGACAUCAGCGUCCUCAGCCACAGGUAUGAGCAGCAGGGCGGCCCGCCGGGCCCCAAGCAGCCUGCGGAUGCUCUGGACAAGCUGCUCCACAGCCGGGAGUCGCCGACUCGCAGGAGGAAGUGUGCCCGCCUGGUGUCGGAGCUGAGCAGGGGCUGGAAGGAGCUGGGGCAGGAGGUGCCCACGUGGAAGAGCGACAGCGUGGACACGGAGGACAGCGGCUACAGCGAGGCCGAGGAGAGGCUGGAGCCGGAGGCAGGUGCCACCAAGAUCAAGCGGCCCUUGGGCUCUCAGGCCAGCAGGUAUGCGGAGCAGCUCAGCUGCAAGGCCCACCGGAAGCUCAGCCAGGUGGGCAGCCUGACGGGCAGGUGGCAGCAGUGGGCAGACGAGCACAUCCAGACCCAGAAGCUCAACCCCUUCAGCGAGGGGUUCGACUAUGAGCUGGCCAUGUCCAGGCGCCUGCACAGAGGGGACGAGGGCUACGGCCGGCCCAGGGCGGGCACGAAGACGGCAGAGAGGGCCCAGCGUGCCGAGCAACACAUCCACCGCGAGAUCCUGGAGCUGUGCCUGGUCAUCCGCACCAUGGCGCGCCACAGACGGGAUGGCAGGGUGCAGGUCAGCUUUGGAGAGCUCUUCGACAGAUACGUCCGCAUCUCGGACAAGGUCGUGGGCAUCCUGCUGCGUGCCAGGAAGCACGGCCUGGUGCACUUCGAGGGGGAAAUGCUGUGGCAGGGCCGCGACGACCACGUGGUCAUCACCCUGCUGGAGUGAGCCCUCACCAAGUCAGACGCGGCCCACCCCUGUCCUACCAUUCAACACCAGCUUAGUAAAAGCUAAAACGCAAGUUGGUCAGUGACAAGUUAGCAAUAUUGAACAAUCUUUACAUAAAUGAACUUUGCCCUGUUUCUGAAGAAGCUUGAAGACAAAGCAUAGAACAUUUCAGAAAGCACUCAGAAUGUUAUUACUUAUUACAAGAGUGUUAAUAUUUAAAACCCCACCUACCUUUCUAGAGAAAAAUAUUUGGCUAUCCACUGAAAAAAUUACUACAGAUUUUAAUAUUAGUUAGAAGAAUGCUGACUUCCGAUAAAGACUGCAAAACAUGUCAUUUUUUUAUGAAAAAAAGAUUCCAUUAAUUUGGUUAAACUACAAUUUCAAAGAAGUUGGACCUGAAUUACUUCGUUUUUUUUUUGUUGUUUUCUGAGGCAGGGUCUCAUUACAUAGUUGAGACUG